AUGCGGGACCUACCCCUUGAUGCGGGCCGCAAUUACAAGGGUCCGAUAUGUGGCAUACACGCUGUUCAAGGCUACAUUAUCGAGUUCGUCGUCGCUGUCACAGGCCGCUGCAACGAAUUGACGGCCUUGAAUCAGGUCCAGAUCCGGGUGCGGCCCGCCGGCUUGAACGAAUGUGCGGGGGACGAAAUAUGUCGCCUCGUCCGCACGCAGGACGACGACUUGGAACACGGAUUGACCGGUCUUGUCAAAUAUGGGGUCUACUCAGAGAACUGGAGGCUUAGCGAUUCACUGACCAUCUUUCUCGAUGCUGACAAAGUGGUUCGCACGAUCUUGAAGCUCUUUAUUCCCGUUGCAUCUCAAGAUCCCGGUUCCUUGACUUGUAAAGUGCAGAUCCCGUCGAAGGAAAGUCUUUUGCGGUCGGCGAUCGUCACCAACGGGCCAGCAGCUAUGGCAUUCGCCAGCUCUUUCACGGGAACGGCGUUGGGCAAGGCUGCUGCUCGGGAGCCUUAUAAACGUGACGGAGUUUAUAGGACAUUUAUCGUCAGGAGACUCCCAGCUUCUUACCGUUCGAAGUCUUCUAGCCUAGCCGCUUCGAAGGCGCCUCCUUGCGAGGACCCUUCCGCGCAUCAUACACGCAGUAGCUGGGCCCGUAUCCGCGCUGGAGUGAUUCUCGCUUCUGCAGCCAGCUGGACUGGGACUUCAGCAAUGAUGUCUUCUGCUGAUAUAAACAGUCGAGUGCUGGUAGGGCCUAUUCUGAUACCAGGUGGGGUGUUUAUAAGCGUCAGCCGUCAUUCAGCGAUUGUCCCCACAUCUUUGGAUAGGUCCCGCUCCUUCAUCGCCAGGAUCAAAAUGCGUGACAAAUCCGGCCGUCCAUGA